UCAGCAGUCGUGCUUAUCUCACUCCCGGUUUUCUGGUUAUUUAGUUAAGCAUCUUUUUUAGUGGCAGUGCCCAGGCAAUGCACUCCAGGCGACCAUCUCCAGCUGCACCUCAGCUGGGCUCAGUCCUUUCACAGGCUCCGGUUCAGUGCAACUUCAUCCUGUGCCUUCGGGAGGUAGAUUUCAGGCACGCUGUGGGUGAGGUUCUUGAGAACAAACCGAAGGAAACCAGUUGCAGAGAGCUCUGACCCAACCGGUGAAAUGAUGUACCAAACUUUGCCAUCAGAAGCCCUUGGAUCUGAAAGAUGAUAACACCGAAAUUCACUGUCCUAUUACAGUAAAUCCAUGGCACAUGAAGAAAGCUUUUAAAGUUAUGAAUGAAUUAAGAAGUCAAAACUUGCUGUGUGAUGUGACGAUAGUAGCUGAAGACAUGGAAAUUGCAGCGCAUAGAGUUGUGUUAGCCGCCUGCAGCCCCUACUUCCAUGCCAUGUUUACAGGUGAGAUGAGUGAAAGCCGAGCAAAAAAAGUUCGAAUAAAGGAAGUUGAUGGCUGGACUCUAAGGAUGCUUAUUGAUUAUAUUUACACUGCUGAAAUUCAAGUUACAGAAGAAAAUGUGCAGGUACUGCUCCCAGCAGCUGGUCUCUUGCAACUACAGGAUGUGAAAAGGACUUGCUGUGAAUUUUUGGAAUCCCAGCUUCAUCCUAUCAACUGCCUGGGGAUUCGUGCUUUUGCUGACAUGCAUGCAUGCUCAGAUCUCUUGAGCAAGGCCAACACAUAUGCAGAACAGCACUUUUCCGAUGUUGUACUUAGUGAAGAAUACCUCAAUCUUGGCGUAGAGCAGGUGUGCAGUCUUAUAUCCAGUGACAAACUCACAAUUCCCUCAGAGGAGAAGGUAUUUGAAGCAGUGAUAGCCUGGGUAAACCAUGACAAAGAUGUAAGGCAGGAGUUAAUGGCACGUCUGAUGGAGCAUGUUCGGCUGCCUUUGCUUUCCCGGGAGUAUUUAGUUCAGAGAGUGGAAGAGGAAAUACUGGUUAAGAACAGCAGUGCUUGUAAAGAUUACCUCAUUGAAGCUAUGAAGUAUCACUUGCUACCAACUGAGCAACGAGCAUUGAUGAAAAGCACGCGAACAAAAUUGAGAACACCUGCUAGCCUUCCAAAAUUGAUGAUGGUAGUUGGGGGACAGGCACCAAAGGCAAUUCGCAGUGUUGAAUGCUAUGAUUUUAAAGAAGAACGCUGGCAUCAGGUAGCUGAAUUGCCUUCCAGAAGAUGUAGGGCAGGAAUGGUUUACAUGGGAGGCAUGGUUUAUGCUGUUGGUGGUUUCAAUGGCUCUUUGAGAGUUCGUACCGUCGAUUCCUAUGAUCCAGUGAAAGACCAGUGGACAAGUGUUGCUAACAUGCAGGACAGGAGGAGCACCCUGGGAGCAGCUGUAUUAAAUGGCCUCCUUUACGCUGUGGGAGGGUUUGAUGGGAGUACAGGUUUGUCAUCAGUCGAAGUUUACAACUUGAAGACUAACGAGUGGUUUCAUGUAGCUCCAAUGAACACAAGAAGAAGUAGUGUUGGCGUAGGUGUUGUUGGAGGUAAGCUGUAUGCUGUUGGUGGCUACGACGGAGCGUCACGGCAGUGCCUUAGUUCAGUAGAAUGCUAUGAUGCCAAUUCCAAUGAGUGGAGCUAUGUCGCAGAAAUGAGCACUAGGCGGAGUGGGGCAGGUGUUGGUGUGUUAAACAAUUUAUUGUAUGCAGUAGGUGGUCAUGAUGGUCCUUUGGUAAGGAAAAGUGUUGAAGUGUUUGACCCCAUUGCCAGUACGUGGAAGCAGGUUGCAGACAUGAACAUGUGCAGACGGAAUGCAGGUGUUUGUGCUGUAAAUGGUCUCUUGUAUGUAGUUGGAGGAGAUGACGGUUCCUGUAAUUUAUCAACAGUGGAAUAUUAUAAUCCAACAACUGAUAAAUGGACGGUUGUGUCAUCUUGUAUGAGUACAGGAAGGAGCUAUGCAGGUGUUACAGUUAUUGACAAACCAUUAUGAUCAGUAAAGGGAUUUUCAACUUGAUUAUGCACUAGAAGCAGUCUUCAACAAGUGUAUUUGAAGUGACUGAGUAUCUAAGCACUUCUCUACUUGUAGCUGCACCUUGAGUCACAGUGGAAGAUGUGACUGUCUACAAUUACAGAUGACAGAUGAUGAAGAUUACUCUAGGUAGAAGCAAUGUGUAGGAUUAUUCUGCAGUUGAGCAGAAGCUGAUUGAACUCUUGAAGUCUGGUGGACCAUUUUUUUUUAUUGCAAGGUCUUCAGAAAAAACCCCAACACUUUCAUAAGGACCGACUUCUGUCAGUAAUGACUGAGAAACGGAUUGUGAGUGAAGAAUGGUGUGUAUUCUGGUGAAAGUAAAUUUUUGUCUUAUUUUUUCCAGAGACUAAUAAAUAUAUUUAAGGAAAUGAACUGUCAGUCUUCAUAGUAGGUAUUGAAUCCCACCUCAGUAAUUCAAGCUGGCAUGGGGUAAAUUUGUUUCCUUUUAUAAAACUUUUGUUACAUAACUAUACUACGUGCAUAUGUUUGUGUGAGCAUAAGUUGCUCUCUAUUGAAACUCUUCAAAACCUGAUUUUACUAUUUAUAAUUUGGCACAGUACUUUGAAUAUGUCAGUACUAUGUUGUAAAACAGAGAUGUAUUUUUUGAUAUGUAACAAUGCUUAACACUAAUUCCCGCUGAAGGAGAUCAGAGACGGUAUAACACUUCUUGAGCAGGUGUAAUUUCAAUAUCUUUUUAAUAAAAAUGUUGUCUGUACUUACGGGGGUUUUUUUUCCUGUUCAAUUUUGGUCACAUUUAGAUGUUACUUCUUUUUUACCUUUUUAUCCAAAAGGUGAUUUGGCAUGACAAUAACUGAAAAUUUAUAGUGAAUGUAUGCAAUUGCGUUGAACUUGCAUGGUACAAAGGCCUAUUUAUGCGUGUAACCUCAGCUUCUAUUAGCCAAUAUCUGAAUAUACUGUAUGUGGCCAUGCUUAUAAAGCAGCACAUUUUUAUUUGUUCUUGGAUGGCCUCCUUUUAACAUGACCAAAGUUACUGUCAUAUUUGAGACAUUUUCUUCAAAUAAAAGUUUGUACAUUGUUUCCUAAUGCCAA